GCUGAGAAAUUGACGUUUUCGUUGGCUCCUGACGAGGAGCAGACAGACUCAACUGAAGGGGUUGGGCCCAAAGUGGAGAAAUGGCGAGAAUGGUAGACGAAAGCGGGUGUAGAGAGGAAUUACAAAACCCCGAGCGCCAGAGACCUGAUCGAGGUGCAGCUCGGUGGGGUCCUCAACACGCCGGUGCCCGAGAACUGGCUAAUUUAUAUUCACCAGGCAAAAGAGGCCAAGAGUGGAUUAGUGUCCUCCUCUGUUUCUCUCUCAUGGCCUUCAAUUUCAUUCACCUCCUUGCCAAUUUCCACCUGGGGCAUCUGUGGUAUAUCCUGUUUGCUAUUGUGGCAGGGAUCCUCACUGCGGAUUUUGCCUCGGGCCUUGUUCACUGGGGGGCUGACACGUGGGGGUCGGUGGAUCUACCCAUCUUCGGAAAGGCCUUUAUCCGACCCUUCAGGGAGCACCACAUUGAUCCCACAGCCAUCACCCGCCACGACUUCAUUGAAACCAAUGGCGACAACUGCAUGUUAACUAUCGUCCCGCUAGCCAACAUGGCCUUCAACUUCGUCACUCUCUCCCCUGCGGAGAUCUACCGGCUCUACCCGUGGUACUGCUACCUGUUUGCGCUUGGCAUCUUCGUGACCCUCACCAACCAGAUUCACAAGUGGUCCCACACGUACUUUGGCCUGCCUCGCUGGGUGGUGUUCCUCCAGGACUGCCACAUUAUUCUUCCUCGCAAGCACCACCGCAUCCAUCACGUGUCCCCGCACGAGACGUACUUCUGCAUCACUACAGGUUGGCUCAACUACCCCCUGGAGAAGGUGGGCUUCUGGAAGAACCUGGAGGAUCUUAUCCAGGGCGUCACGGGGGAGAAGCCUAGGGCUGAUGAUCUCAAAUGGGCUCAUAAAGUCAAGUAACACCACAGGCUAACUCUGCCCUACCUCAGAAGACAACCCCCCACCCCCCCCAUCUUGCCUCGCCGUAAUCCAUAAGACAAACUAACAGGUUCUGAUGCCAUAGCUUUAACGCUUGCACAUUUUCCAUUUUUCAAGAGGAUUUUUUUUGAUAUUAUUCACAAACUGCAAUAUAUUUUGAUAAAAAUAACUGCUCACUUUAUGAAACAUCUGCACAGAAAGUCAUGUCAAAUACCUUUGGAGGAAAUUUCUUCUGAGGGCGAAAUCAAGAACACUUCCUGGAUGUUGAUUUGGAUUCUAUUGAGCGCCUCAGAAUCUCAAUGUCUUUAUUUACUCGCACCUAAUUGAAGAUCUUUUUGAUUGGGAAGAGAAACAAGGAAGCUUAACCAACACCCACAGCAAAAGAACAAAUUGAUCGAUAAUUCUUGUUACAUUUGGCGACCUUGCACACUUUUGGCUGCACAGCCUAACAUGAUGUCAGACUAAUAUCCAAACUAUUGCCCUUUCCAGGCUUUUUCAAAAAGAACACUUGAAAGCCUUGUACAACUGUGGCUUUGUCAGUAGUGAAACUUUGACACCUUAAUGACUCUUAAUAACAGCUCAAAAAGUAAAAGGAAAUCAAAGACUUGCGGGUUUAAUGACAUUUCCUUCUUUCCAUUUAAUGCAAUGAAAAUUGCAUUCCGACACAAAAUACAACCUUUUUUUUUUUUUUUUUUAAAGUGCUGACUGGCGACUUGCAAAAUCUAACGAAGCAUCCCAAAGGUGAAUUCUGCUUCUCAAAUGUGUACAUUUGCUUAAAAAAAGUUUGUGUUAAUAAUAGGUAGAUGUUGUAUUGGAGCGCAUUCUAUAAAAAGUUGUCUAGUAUUUAAAUAGGAGAAUAUUUGUCAUUUAAACAAAAGCCCAGUUCAUUGCCACAGGAAAAAAACUGAGCAAAGAAAAAAGGCAUUAAACUAAAUGUUGCAUUUUUAAACAAAACCUUUCUAAUGGAGGAUGAGCCAAGCUGUUGUUUUGAGUCACAUCCGAUUGUACUUAAUGGCGUGGCUUGGGUGUGUCAGGUUGUCCGCUCUGUCGUCCGGUUUUCUGUUCAUGUUUUCUCAAGCUGCCUUACACACGCCACACAUUGUUUGUAUCUUGGCUCUUUUGCAGAACCUGUUCGCUCAACUCAAGUUGCUCACAGAUCCCGCACGGCAGAUCCCGUUUUGUACGAUGUGGGAGUCGUUUCCAUUCCCACCCGUGGUCUAUUACAGUGGUGCCUUGAGAGACCCGUAUCGCAAAUCAUCUAAAAUGAAUGGAAAGGCCAUUAACCAUGGGAAAAAUCGUGACUUUUUUGAUGACGCAUUGUAUAAUAUUGACCUUUAUCAAAGCAUGCCAAAAUUAAAUAGAACGUAAACAGUUUGUGCAUAAUGAUUUCAUAAUGCUGUAAUUCUUGCCCACUAAGGUAUAUGUAUAUAUGCCUGUGCGUGGUUUUCAGCUUUCUCUCAUUUCGACGCACGCAUUAAAAAAUGUCCAAAUUAAGGCUCAUGUAUCACAGAUCUUGGUCACUCGUAUUUCAAGGCACCCCUGUACCUCGGUGACGUUAAAAGGGCUUCAGUUGCAGAUGCGUUUAUGUCAUCCAAUCACCAGUGGGAAGCUUUUUCAUGUCUUUCGUAAUUUUCUUCGUCAUACAGCAAAUGACUAUGCAGCGUAACUUCAUGUCUUAACCCGUUGGAAUUGGACUGAAAUGCCUUUCUUUCUUUUCCUGAAGUGUUUAAAGUGAUUUUCGGAAGCUCUACUGCAGACGCCUUUAAAAGUGCAUCAUGAAACAAAACCCUGCAUCUUAAGCUUGAGGAUGUAACACAUGUUGCGAGCAGUGGAAAGCUUCCCCUUUAAUUUGUAGAACUUAGCCACUGAACAGAGUAGAAUAUCAUCUAUGAUGUGCUCUCCAUGUUGGUCCCAGGUUUAAAGUACCUACAGAAACUAUGUCUUCAUUCCAAGGCGCAUCCUGGUCAAAAGGCUUGAUUGUUGUGGCGCUUUAAAGAUAGUGACAUCUUUAUAUACAAUAUAUGGAUAUUUUGCUAUUUGAGUCAUUUAUACUUGAUUUGAUUGAAUUUAGGGUGACAGUAGAACCACAUGUUUUCCCAAAUGGGGUUUCCCCAACCAUUAGCAAGCCGUUUAGAAAAAUCUCACCGAAUCAAAAUGUCAAAAGUUUGUAUACUGAACGAAUGAUCAUCUGGUCUCAACAAAUUGAUAAGUUGCUGUGUUGAAUGGAAAACAGUUAUUCUGUUGUUGAUUGGCUUAGAUAGAUGACCAUAUUUUUCUAAUGAAGUCGCGAUAAACAAAAUGAAGGGAAAUAAGUGAAAUUGGAUCAUUUCCCACAGCACCCAUGAUGAUUACUCAUAGCAGACUAAUGGUUGGGAGUAUGUCGUCAAUAUAGGGAUUCUAUUUAGGUGUUUGUGAGUGUAUAGAUUUAUGUUCCGGUCAAAUGUAUGCUUGACUUUUCUUCAAUGUGGGUCGGUAGCAAAAAGAACACAAUGUCGAUUUCGUAGUGCUUGUGGAGUAUUGCGGGAAGCACUUUGUGUGCGGUGGAAAGGUCACGCUGGGCAAUGGAUGUUGCUUUUGUUUGGAGAUGUUGUGCCAGUGUUGGGAACACUCGGUCGGGUUUAGGGCAAAGUUUUGGUGUUUACAGUCUAUCACAUUUUUUUUUUUUGUCAUGACAUUGGAAGGAUGUUUGAUGUUAAUGCGUCGCUACAAAUGUUAGCUAUUUCCAACUUGCCACAACUCGUUUUAAUAGAAUUGACCUAAAAAAUUGGAGGCUUAUUUAUUGGCGUAAAGUUAAGUUAGGGUUGAGGCUAAUUCUCAAGAUGUUUCAUAUGGAGUUUUCAAAAUAAAAAGCUGUUACUGCAGAAUCUUUUUGAACUCGUGAAAGGUUCAGUCACUGGAAUUAUUUAACUUGCUUCGUACAAAUAUCGCGCUGCUCGGAUGUUGAAUCGCCUUAUCAGCUCCCUAUUUGAGUUAUUGUAAACCUCUGUCAGUUAAACAGUAAAAUACUUCAUGGACCUUUCUGUGAGGCAAGGCCAGUUUUAGAUAGACAACACAAUAAUAUACCUUGAUGCCUUUUUUGUUAUCUUCCAUUAGGGAGAUGUACAAUGUCUAUAAUGUAUUAAAGUGUUUAUUUAUAUGUACGCUUAAUAAAAGUUCUGUACUUA